AUGGCCUCUCUCAUUGAUGCUGCGGCCUUGCAGGCUCUUCGUAGUCGCCUGGCGACAGCGACAGUGUACGCACCUGGAUCUGAUGGAUACAAAGACAGCCUAAUCCGUUGGUCGGACACCGGAAUGAAAUAUGCGGGAGUGGUUGUUCAGCCAAUUGAGGUGGCCGACAUCCAGUCAGCUCUUCUGUGGGCCCAGGAAUUCGGAGUUGACGACAUUGCUACCAAGGGUGGAGGCCAUUCUGUCUCCGGCACUAGCUCUAGUGACGGGGGCCUGGUCAUCGAUCUGUCUCGUAUGAACGAGGUCACUGUUGACACAAGCAAGAAAACCAUCACUGCUCAAGGUGGCGCGACCUGGAAGGAUGUUGAUGAGACGGGGGCAGCACACGGUUUGGCGGCUGUUGGAGGAACUGUGAACCACACUGGCGUGGGGGGUCUGACACUUGGGGGCGGUUACGGUUGGUUGAGUGGGCAGUACGGCCUUACCAUUGAUAACCUUUUGUCCGCCCAGGUGGUUCUGGCAGACGGUACUCUGGUCACAGCCUCCGCUACAGAGAACCCAGAUUUGUUCUGGGGCUUGCGUGGUGCUGGGUACAAUUUUGGUGUGGUAGUCAACUUCACCUAUCAGGGCUACGAUCAAGCGAACCCUGUCUACGCUGGUAUUAUGGGAUUCAUGCCUGACAAGCUAGAAGGCAUUAUGGACCAAUUGAACGUCACGCUGGCGAGCCCCGACGCACGGUCCGGCGCAAUGUGCAUCUUUGCACAGGCUCCAGAUGGCUCAGGCCCGAUGAUAGUUGUGAUUUGCUUCUACAAUGGACCCCGGGAGGACGGUCAGAAACAUUUUGCUGGGUUACUGGAACUAGAACCCAUUCUCAACACGCUAGACAUGGUGCCAUAUUCAGUGGUGAACACACUGCAAAACCCCCAAGCUACGUACGGCGAUCGGAAAUUAUUCAAGGGCAUCUUCUACCAGCCGCCUCUGGACCCGAAAUUUGCGCGGAUGAUCUUCAAUGACUUCAUGGCCAAGAUCAGCGCCGAGCCAGAUUUGAUGCCGUCCGCUAUUAUUCUUGAAUUCACUGAUAUGCGGAAAAUCUGCGAGGUUCCCCUGACUGAGACUGCAUUGGCGAGCCGCAACUUCACGCAAAAUGGCAUUAUCUUUUUGCGAUGGACCGAUGCAUCGAAGGACCUGGAGCACCGUGCAUGGGCACGCGAGAUUCAGGCCAAGUGGAAGGCCGAACUAGAUACCAGAACCUCUGACCAGGGAGCUGGAGAUGAUGUGCCACAGUAUAUCAAUUAUGCUGAGCCUGGGGACUCGGUGGUUUCGAAUAUCUACGGUGUCAACCUGGCUCGGUUGCAAAGUCUGAAAGCUAAGUAUGAUCCGAAGAAUAUCUUCAACAAGAUGCACCCAAUUCUCCUCAAAUAG